CCUUGUGAUGAUAUGUUCAUUGCUCUCAGCCCUCAACUAAAUCCUGAUUAAAUUACCAUAUUACCCUCUAAUCCUGAUGUAACCCAUUAUCAGAAGAUGGUGCACUGUUAGAAAUCCUAGGCCUGACCGUAUCCAAUUCAGGCUCCCUGGCUCUGCCGGGCCGUGGAUCAAAAUGUCAUGGAGGAAGGUAGUGAUGGAAUUCGUUUCUGACCCUUUUGCCCCUUUUGCAGUCCGGUGAAUCCCAGACGUGAAAAGAGAGGGGAAAAUAAGGGGAAGGAAAGAACAAAAAAAAAAAAUAGAGAUUGAUUCAGAUCAGAUCCUCAGCCAGGUAAUUUCAUUUUGUGGGGGGCAUAAGAGAAUUUUCCCAUCGUUUCUGAGGAGUUUUCUGGGGGCAAUAGAUUCUGGAUUUCUAUUUCUUUGUCUUCUCAUGAGAAUCUCCGUCUUUGUUUUUUGCACAAUGCCCUCAUAUUUUGCUGGUUCUUGUGGAUGAACUUUGUAAGUCCACUGUCUAUUUCUUUUAUGUUUCUUGAUUUUGAUCUGUGCAUUUGACUAUUGUUUGAGUGUGUAUGUAUCUGGAAUGAUGUCAUCUUCCUCUGUUUGGGAUGGUUUGAAUUGAAAAAUACGAUCUUUCUGGGUUUGAAGGUUAUGGGUUUGUUGAAUAUCUGUGUAGUUUUCUUAAUUACAAUGUUGACGGUUGGAAAUGAAUGAUCUUUCGGGUUUUAAGGAAAUGGCUUUGCUGCAUUUCUGUGUGUACUUUUCUUAAUUACAAUCUCAAGAGUUGGGGGAAAAAUUUUAUAUGGGUUUGUUGCAUUUGUCUGCAUGUCUUGUUAAUUACAGUGUGGAGUGUGGUUUAUUAGCUUUAGGCUGGUUUGGGCGUGUUUGUUUGUGAUUAAGAAUAAAGGAAGUAUACAUAGGGUUUUUAGUUAUGGUGUCAUGAUUUGAGAUGAUUUUUACUCUGAUAAGUUUGGUGGUGAAGUCUUGGUGAAUGGAGAUUCAGACAAUGGGUUCUCAAGUGGGUGGUCAAUUGGUAAGGCAAAGCUCAUGGUAUAGCCUCACCCUAGAUGAAGUUGAGAAUCAAUUGGGAGACUUAGGCAAACCAUUGGGCAGCAUGAAUGUUGACGAGCUUCUUAAAAAUGUGUGGAUGGCCGAAGCAAAUCAAUGUGUUAGUGCGGACAUUGAUAAUGCUUCUUCAAAGAUUUCUCUGCAACGACAGGCUAGCCUAACGAUAGCUCAGGCAUUGAGUGAGAAGACUGUGGAAGAGGUGUGGAGUGAUAUCCAACAAGGAGAGAAGAAGAAAUGUGGUGAUGACAUCAAAGGUCAGGUGAGAGAGCCUACUCUUGGUGAAAUGAAGUUGGAGGACUUCUUGGUCAAAGCGGCAGUUUUUGUGAAAGGGUUGGAUAUAGUCGGUGUGGUGACCCCACCGAAUUUUCCACAGCAAAUGGGCUUGUCACCUUCCCCUUCUGUUGGCACAUUAUCAGACACAUCAAUUCCAGGGCAUGAAAGGGAUGCUUCGAUGGAAAAGACUGUUGAAAGGCGGCUAAAGAGAAAGAUUAAGAACCGAGAAUCUGCUGCACGGUCACGAGCCAGAAAACAGAUUCAUGUGUGGUGAUGCACAGGCUUAUCAUAAUGAGCUAGUUAGUAAGGUUUCACGAUUAGAGGAAGAGAAUGUAAGGCUCAAGAAAGAGAAGGUAAGGAUCUUUUAUUUAUCUUGUGUUCUGCAUUUGGUUCUUUCACAUAGACUUUGAUUUAAUGUGUUUUGCUUUGUCUUUACUAUCAUUUAUUUAUUGUUUUUUAUAAAAAUUUUAUUCAUAAAGAAACUUUUGGUUGGUUAAGUAAUUGAUGCAUUUGUAUUUUAUACCCACAUUGAUUAAUUUAGGCCGUGAUGAAUAAUUGUAUGACUUUUAGUUUUAUAGCUUCUUUGUAUUGAUAUUAACAAAUUCACCUUGGCUGCACCCCAAAUUACAUGAGCUAAUCAGUCUGAUAGCUUUUCCUGACAGGUGAGGUCAUGAACCCUUCAUAUUGGCUAUUGAAAAGAUACAACAGUUAUGAACUCUGUAUUACUAUCUAUUCAUGAAGUAUUAUAUGUUGAUUACACUUUGUUGACUUGUGUUUUUUAUCAUUCGCAUGGAACUAGCUUAAAUGUUAGGAGCAACUUUUGGGAAACAGAGAUGGCAGAGGAUAUGGGAAACAGAAACUGGAAAAUAUUGGCAAUGGAAACUGGAAGCAUGAUUGAAUUAGAUAUCAGGGGUUGAUGCUAAAGAACAGUUUGAAAAUUCUUGGGUCAUUUCAUAAGAUUCCUAUAAAGGAAUGUUGAAUGUAUGCUAUCAUUUCAUUUUAAUAUACUUUGUUCUUAUAAACAAUGUUGGGCAUACACAAAUCGGUAGGAAAUCAUAAAAAUAACAUUCAAGGAAAUCGUAAAAAUAGCAUCAAUGAUUUAAAGACUUAUAUAUAUAUUUUGAAAAUUUAGAAACAUAUUCUUCAGAAAUUAAGAAGAAUUUAUUGUAGGAAAAUCUUUCAGCUAAUGAGUCUCCUCAUAAAGUGUUUGAAAGGUUUUCAAAUUUUCCUUUUAAUUUUUAGAAAAAGUUUUUUUAUUAUAUUCAGAAGUGGGUUUCUCUCCUAAGAAGUGUCUGUUAGUGUGUACUUGAAAAGAGAGAAGUUGAAGGACCUUUGAAGGCCAUGGGUGUCUUGUUUUUGUUGUUGAAAGAUGGAUUUUUUUUUUCUUCUUUUUUAUGUUUGGUUGAUGGAAUUCCUUAGGCGUAGAGAAAUUGGCCCUUUUUAGAUUUUAUAGACAUUAUUGAUACGGUUAAAACCAGUUUUUUUAAUUAUUGUAUUUUCAUUUCUUUGUUUUGGCUGGAUUUUGUUGCUCCUUAUAUACUCCCUCCAUCCUUGGUUUGCACCCUCUUUCCUUUUUAGAUGCUCCUUUUUAUUAAUAUUCUGACUCUUAUUUGCCUUUAAAGAUGCUUCUUCUAAGCAUGUGUAUGAGGAUGUUUAUUGACAAAACAUGUCUAUUUAUAUAAAGUUGAUAUGAUAUGUGAGCACUGGCAUGCAACUACUUAGCUGUGCUAUUGGCUGUUACUAUUUAUUUUGAAACUGAAUAUGAUGUUUUGAAUGUUUUUGAUAGUAACUACGUAGAAUAUGUUUUUUAAACUGUGAGAGAAUUUUAUGUUCAGUUGUGCUUGUUUUAGUGCUCUGCAAAAUUUGAAAUAAAAUAAGAGUAUGAAUGAUGGACAUUUGUUGUAAUGUAGAUUGUUUUUUGAGAGUUUCUUCUUCAUGCAUAAUCUAUGGCCUGUUGUUUGAAUUAUUAUACUAGAUGUAUAAUGCAUUUUUUAAUUAUACAUUUCAUUUGAUGUAUAGAUUACCAAAGGAAUCUUCCAACACUCUAAGCUUAUUAUUUUGAUAUGGUUUUUAUUCUUUGGAAAUUAUAGUCAUAUCAUGUAACCAGAAUUUUUUUGGUGCAUUUGGAAGGAAAGAAACUGGAGUAUUUUUGAGGGGCGGAGCUGUGGUGGUUAGUUUUUAAAGACUAGCUUCUUUGUUUUUGAAUUUGGGAUUCUGUAGUUGAGGGUUUGCUUAUAUGUUAUUUAUUUUAUUGAUACCGCAGGAUUGUAAUAGGGCUUUGGUUCUCUAUUUUUUUAUGCUUGGGAUUUGGGAUUUGGGAUGACUUUCAUAUGCUUCCUAUGUCACUGGGAUUUCCCCCCUUUAGGUGCUCUUUUGCAUGUAACUUCAUGAAUUAGAUUAGUUUUUCCGGUGGAUUUAUUUGCUUACCAAAAAUGCAAUUUCUAGGUACCUAUGUUGCUUUUGUGCAGGGAUCAAUGGGCAUAUAGGUCGUGUUAGGCUAGGUUUGUUAUUGCCUAUGCUCAACCCUUGUUUGAAUGAUAACUAAAACCCGAUAACUAUAAUUAGGCUCACUUAGGGUUUGUGAAAAAAUAGUUUCAUGUGUAUAUGAUGAACUUAUUUGACAAGGAUGACUAUGCUACUUUUCAGAGCUGAAUUAGUGGCCAUGUUAAUGAAAACUAAUAACAAAACCACCCAGACACUGAAAAAAAGAAGCAAAAGUUGGAGAUCAUGAGCUGCAAAAUUGGUAUGAAACGGCUAGGGUGGAAUUGAUUGGGAUUUUCUUGUAGAAAACCCUGAAAGACUUCAAUUUCCAUCCAUAUGGCUAAAUUUUAUACUGUUUUAGUCUCAAUUUUGUGGUUGACUGUUCUUUAAAAUAGAGAAAAUCUGGAUCCCUUAGCCUUGUAAGCAGUUUGAGACAAGGGAACCUAUUGGUUUUCUUCUUUUGUUGGCUGUAUCCUACAUCAGUCUUUCUGGAGUUCAAAAUAAGAAAUGGCUGCAUGUCAGGGUUUUGUGGACAGGAAUCUUCAUCUCUUCCAACUUUAUUUAUUUAUUUGUUUUAUGCAGAUGAUUGCUAGUCUUUGCCCAGGUUUCCACUAAUUGAGCCAUAGCUGUCAUGUGCAUGGAUCAUGAACUAUUUUAGGUUGGGGAAUUAAUUUCUGAUUUAGUUAAAUAUGACUACGAAAAAACUGAGGACAGAGGGAGAGAGGGAGGGGGAGGAAAGUAGGAUAGGCAUUCCUCUCCCCUGCAAGUAAGGUAGAAAUAGGGCAGUAAGAGAGAAUUCCUUUUAAUUAUCCCUCAUCUUUGGGAUCUAACCUUGUUUUGCCCCCAACAAACUCAUAUAGAAACCUUGAAAACAAGUAGAAACCAUGUAUAUCUCUUUUUUACAAGAGAAUUAUCUUCCCUAUGAUAAGGAAAAAGGUACCUUUAGUCUGAGCUUCUCAGUGGCUCAUGAAGUAUGACUGUCUGCUUGUUGUCAAUGCUAGGACAAGGAUCUGAUUAUUUCACUCCUCUAGGAGGAAGAUGCUAUCUGUGGUGUAUCUCUUAUGAGUAUGGGGAUAUAUGUAGGGGAGGGUUGCUUAUAUGUUCUUGAUUCUAUUGAUAAGGCAAGAUUGUCAUAAAGACUGUUGUUUUUCUCUCUUUUUUAUGCUUUUGGGUUGACCUGUGGGCUGUCACUAGAGGUUUGCUCACAUUAGGUGCUUAUAUAUAUAUUGGAUUAGUUUUUCUGGUGGGUUUAUAUGCUUAGGGAAAAACUAAGUUCCAGGCAUCUAUUUUCAUGUAUGGAUCAACUCUUGUUUGAAUGAUGCUAAAAUAGGAACCUCAACAUUAGAAGCAGUUUGAGGCAGGCAGCUAAUUGCUCCUACCUCUUUCUUCUUUGUAUAGGCUGCUUCUCACAUCAGUCAUUCUAAAGUUCAUGGUAAGAAAUGGCAACAUGUCAGGGAUUCAUGGACCUGAAUUCCCAUCUCAUACUCUUGUUCUAUGUAGAUGACUUAGCUGUCAUGUUGUAUGAAUCUGGUAAUGUUUUAGAAUGAAGAGUUAAUUUCUGCUUUAGUUGAACUCGUCUAUGAAAAAGCUUAGGAGAGAGAGUUUUUAACCUCAACUUUUACCUUUUCCUUUGGUUCAGGGCCAGGGUUUCCUGUCUUUACGAUGGCUUAUCUUCUUGAAGUGCUCUUGAAGGAUGUCUUUUCAGCACAAUUCUGAUUUUAAUGUGUGAGCUUCAGUUGGAAGCUACCUUCUUAGCUUUAGUAGCACUGCUUCCCUUUGACCUCUUGCGUGUUUCUUUUCUGCCAACAUUUUCUUUAUUGAAGACUAGAAAUCAUAUUAUUAUCCUGGUUUUUCUUCCUUUUUUUAUUUAUAUCAAGAUUGCAUUGAACUAUGUUGCAUGGGUUUGGGUAUGAGUUUUAGAUGCGGGUAUAUGCUUGGGUAUUUGAUCCUUGACAGCUCAAAUUUGAAGAUAUGGGGACUCGGCUAAGAAGGAUUCAAACAAUGGGCAUAGGAUAUGGCAUGAUAAAAGAAAAAUCAACUAAAAAUAAAUUGGAAUCGAAGAUGUCUUUUUAAAAGCUCCCAUCUUUUCCUUCCUUCUAAUCUAUUUUUUUUUCCUAAUAUCCCUAAAUAUUCUAGCAAAAAUUCACUUUUUAGUUAAUUCUUCUUUUCUAAUAUAAUUAUUACUAAGAAAGCUGAAAGAAUAAAAAGAUAUUAAUGAAAAUAAACAGCCACAACCAAAGUAAAAUAAGAGUGCUUGACAAAGAUCCCAUACGCUCAUGUCAUGUCAUGCUGGCAUGAGUACAUUGGGUAAAAUUGAAGGAUCAGGGUAUCACAAGCAUCGAGUAAGUUUAAUGGGUUUACUAGUACUAUUGUUGUUGAGAUUGCAUAGAAUUUAUCAUCUGGUGCAAGACUUUUUCCUGCUAUGGAAUUACUAGCUACGGUGGAUACGUUGUGUAUUAGACAAAGAAAUGGAAGACCUCUCCCGUAAUGUUAUGUUAUCUGUUUGUCUUUAUUUAUUUCAUUUUUUAGAAAUUGCUUUUUACUCUUAUUCUUCAAGAUUUCUGUCACCGCCACCGAUCUUCUACAUUCUUUUUCCUUUUUUAAUAAUUUCUUGUAGAGACUGAGUUUUGGUUUCUCUACAAUUCUGUUUAGGAAGUGGAGAAAAUGUUUCCAUGUGAAUCAUCGACAGAACCAAAGUACCAGCUUCGGAGGACAAGUUCAGUUACUUUCUAAAAUAUGUAUCUCCUCAGACCAAAGUUUUGGUAGCUUCCCCAACUGUUCAGGCUAUCCUCGCGGGGGGGUUCAUGGGGCUGCUGCUUUCGACAUUUUUCAUGCAGUAACUGAUUAUUGCUGCUGCUGCUGCUGCUAUUAUGGUCCCAAACUGCAAAACCCCACCACCAAAAUUGGGGGUGGGGGGGCAAGUAGUUAGGGCGUUAUGUACAUUGGUGAGUGAUAGUAAAACCUGUGUAGGAAUGGAAAUGCAAUGUUGCUAUAUGUCUAGGCUUUUUCCAUUUUUCAGGAAAGAAAAGUUAAGGUCAUUGUGUUAGCUAGUUUGCAUAUAUUUCUAGUUAUUCCCUGAAAUUUUGGACAAGUGAAGCAAAAGUUGUGUAGUGAAGGCAACUCAUGAAUGUGCGUUGCUUGCGCCAUCUUCCCUCUA